CGGCCGCGGAGCGGGGGCGGUGGCGGGGCGGGCCGGGGCGGGCCGGGCGGGGCGGACGACGGGGGGUAGGUGCCGGGGCAGCCGGCCGUCGAGCCAUCGGCAGUGGCGCCGGGGCCGGGAGCGCAGGAUGGCCCCGUCGGGCGCGGAGGGCGGCCGAGCCGCCACCAUGGCCCCCGGGAAGAAGAUCACGGCGCGGAUCAAGAGGACGCUGCCGGUGCGGGGCCCGCAGGCGCCCACGCUGAGCGAACUGAUGCGCUGGUACUGCCUGAACACCAACACCCACGGCUGCCGCCGCAUCGUAGUGUCCCGGGGCCGCCUGCGCCGCUUCAUCUGGAUCCUGCUGACGCUGAGCGCCGUGGGGCUGAUCCUCUGGCAGUGUGCGGAGCUACUCAUCAACUACUACAGCGCCUCGGUCUCUGUCACCGUCCAGUUCCAGAAGCUGCCAUUCCCCGCUGUCACCAUCUGCAACAUCAACCCCUACAAGUACAGUGCCAUGAAAGACUAUUUAUCUGAACUGGACAAAGAGACAAAAAAAGCUUUGGAGACUUUCUAUGGAUUUUCAGAGGGCAAGUCCAAGGUGCGCCGGUCGGUGGAUGAGUGGAACAGUACAGCAAGUGACUUCUUCAAGCAGAUCCCUCUGCUGCAGUUUGAGGAUUUCUCUAGGACAGCGACUGACCUUCACAGUGGCCAGAAGAGGAGAAUAGAGGGCAGCGUCUUCCACAAGGAUUCAUCCAUAGUGAACUCUGGGGAUUCAAAUGAUAUCAUUGGCUUCCAGCUGUGCGAUGCAAACAACAGCAGUGAGUGUGCACUUUAUACAUUCAGUUCUGGUGUUAAUGCUAUCCAAGAAUGGUACAAGCUGCAUUACAUGAACAUCAUGGCUCAAAUUCCCUUGGAGACUAAAGAAAAAUUGAGUUAUUCUGCUGAUGACCUUCUACUGACAUGUUUCUUUGAUGGCCUAUCUUGUGACAAAAGGCACUUCACUCGAUUCCAUCACCCCCUGCACGGCAAUUGCUACACCUUCAACAGCGGAGAAAGCGGGACGGUCCUGAGCACCUCGACCGCGGGCAGCGAGUACGGAUUGCAGGUUGUUCUCUAUAUAGAUGAAGCAGACUACAACCCCUUCCUGGUGACAUCGACAGGAGCCAAGAUCAUUGUCCACGACCAGAACGAAUAUCCCUUCAUUGAAGACAUCGGCACAGAAAUUGAGACGGCAGCGGCCACCUCCAUAGGGAUGCACUUUACGCAGUCUCGCAAGCUGAGCAAACCCUACAGUGACUGUACGGAGACUGGUGAGGACAUACCAGUGGAAAAUCUCUAUAACAAGAGCUACUCACUCCAGAUCUGCCUGCACUCCUGCUUUCAGAAGGCCAUGGUGGACUCGUGCGGCUGUGCCCAGUACGCGCAGCCCCUGCCCGCCGGGGCAGAGUACUGCAACUACAAGAAGAACCCCAACUGGAUGUACUGCUACUACAAACUGCACGAGAAGUUCGUGAAGGAGCAGCUGGGCUGCCAGCAGAUCUGCAAAGACGCCUGCAGCUUCAAGGAGUGGGCGCUCACCACCAGCAUCGCCCAGUGGCCAUCCGCCGUGUCAGAGGACUGGAUGCUUCGAGUUCUCUCUUGGGACAAAGGGCAAAAAAUCAACAAGAAGCUGAACAAGACGGACCUCGCGAACCUCAUGGUGUUCUACAAAGACCUGAACGAGAGAUUCAUUUCAGAGAAUCCUGCCAACACACUUGUCAUUCUUCUUUCCAACUUCGGAGGCCAGCUGGGCCUUUGGAUGAGCUGCUCGGUCGUCUGCGUCAUCGAGAUCGUGGAGGUCUUCUUCAUCGACUCAUUUUCCAUUGUCAUGCGUCGCCAAUGGCAAAAGGCAAAGAAAUGGUGGAACAACCGAAAGAGGGACAGGUCAGGGAAGCCACCGCAGGCCAGCGAUCUGGAGAGGCAGGGCCACGACAACCCUGCUUGCAUCGACGAGGACCUGCCUACCUUCAACACGGCGCUGCGCCUGCCAGUGCCCCAGGGCAGCCCCCUGCCCAGGACUCCCCCCCCCAACUACAGCACUUUGCGGCUAGAGACUGCCUUCACGGAGCAGCUGCCCGACACGCUGGAGGUUGGGCAGCACUGACGCUUGUUUAUCCACCCACCCAGGUGCCAAAAGAAGAGGUGGGUGCUGGACCCACGUGUCCAGGGUGAUGGGCACACGUCCAAAUGAGCACUGAGGGGCUGGUGGGUCAGACCCAUAUUCAGGGAUUGAACUUGCAGACAAAGCUUUUCUGAGCAAAGCUCAGACACAAAAGCCAAGGGCUCUGAGACGUUGGGAGCUUCAGGCAUCAACCACUCUCAAGUAGCAUUGCAGGAGGUGGCAGGAGCAGGACAUGGCACUGAGCUGGGGUGGCUUGUCAGACAGGGUCACACGUUGGCACCAGCUGGCACACCCCACUGCGUGGGCAGGGAUUGCUCCACUGCAGACUGAUGCCACACUGAGUCUUAGUGCUAAUUGCUCUCGGCAGUGUGGCUUGACUUGGGGGAAAAACCUGGGGCUUUCAGGAGUGCAGCAUGACAUUUGUAGGAAGGGACGUGACAAAGGUCUGGGAGGAGCACAAAAUGGAUCAAAGGCAAGCUCUCAAGCUGAAUUUUCAUUAGGGACCUGAUUCCAAAGGUGGCCUGAGGAGCUCUUUAUUUUGAGAUGAAAAGUGAGAAUAGCCACAGAUGUGCUUGUAGAGCAAGUUAGCACACAGCUUGAGUAGGGGAACCAAGUCAUCUCAGGAGAAUCAUCUGAAGAGGGCACAAAGUCUAAUUUGUAUCGCAGUAAUGAACUGAAUACUCUGCAAGCUCGCUUCAUUUACAUUGCUCAAGCUCAGGCCAUUAAAGGGAACCUCAGAGGAUCUCAUUAAGCAGCGCGUGGCCUUGGCCACAUGUGAAUCCCCAGAAGCCUCAGAGGGACCUGGCUGCUCUCUACCUGUUUGAUCUGGGCAGGGACUUGCCCUCCCGUGGCACCUGGUUUGCUGUCCUGGUGCUGGCGGUGCCAGGGGAACCCGAGCCCCACGGGGGUGUAUCUGCCCACUGGUGUGUCCUCCUCAUGUACACCCCCCUGUUCCUCAGCACCACAGCCACCCCUGCGUGUGGCCUCCUGGCAGCCGUUGUGCCAGAUGCUGCCCAUGCUCCCCAUCGGGCAGGAGCACGGUGGGGAGACCUGGCCCAGUGCCCCCCCCUCGCUCCAGUCCCACCACAGCCAGCCUUUGGAGCAGCCCAGAGCACACGUACGGUGCUGGGGACGGUGUCACCUGCACUGGGCUGGCUGCUCAGGGUUCGUGUAGAGCAAGACUGAGUGAGAGUGUGCAUGUAAGAAAGUCUCUCUUCUCCUUUCUCUGUAUAAGCUUAUUUUAUAUAGGACAGCAAGAAUUCAGAAAGGUUCUUUAAUGUGCAAUAAAACAUAUUUUAACUGGAUUAUUUAAAUAGCUGAUAAACUAAGAAAAAAAUAAAGAUAUAUUUUUGAAUAA